AUGGUGUCAACCCAAAUUGUCGUUGAUGAUGAUCUGAUGGAGUACGAGGUUGCAGCUCAAAUUCCCUUCAAGGUGGUGUCCCAAAAUGUGAAUGAGAGCAAGGGCUAUUCUGGGUUUCAGUUCGUUCAUGAUGAUCCACGUCCAUCCUCUGGCUACUUUUGCCUAUCAGCACUCCCACCAUCGGCCAUGGCUGCACCAGUGACUACAGAGUUUGGACCUCUUCCACAUGAGAAGCCGAACCAGGACCUGCAGGACACCGACACGGAAGGGGACAUGGAGAAGAUCGCUGCUGAGCUCAGGCAUGCUGAUGUCACUGUCCGCAAGGAGUUGGUCUACCCAGGGAGUAGCUGUGAUGAUGUUGCAACCCAUGGUAUUGAAAGGAAGCAUCCUAUCACCCCAGAACAAUGGGAUGAGAUGACUGCGGCUCAUGAUUUGGGGUCCAUGUGUGAUCAGGAUAUUAUCCCAAACCCUGCUCUCCGUCUGGACUCACAUGAUGAGAAUGGCAAUUUGCUCCGCACUCCUUCCAAAGAGUAUGAAGAUACCCAAGAAGAUAGCCCGGACAUGAUUAUUGUCCCUGAUGAGAUCGCCCGUCCUGAUGAUUCUCAACCGGGUGGGAAUGAAUGUGAGAUUCCUCCCCCUGGGAUCCCUGAUGUGAUUGAAGAGGAUACCCAUGAUGUGAUUGAAGAUGAUGGGGGUGAGGCUCCCUCUGGGUCUCAUGAUCCUGCUCCCAAGUCCAAGCCUGCCAAGAAGACGAAGACCUUGGACCAGAUCUUGAAGCAUCGCACGUCGAGCAACUCCUGGCAUUCGAAGUGGGUCCCGAAAGGUGUUCCGAGGGUGGUAGCACCAAAGGCAAAGAGCACGGGGGGUCGUGCAAAGGCUAAGGCUGCCCCAGUUCCACCGGUUGAUCCCAGCAAUUCAUCCGUGGAAUCUUUGUCAAAGGCCCGAGAUUUGUUCAUCACAAAAUGGAUUCAUGAUUCGGGGAUGUCCAAAUCCCAAGAGCGCCGCAAAGCGGCAUGUGAUGCCUGGAUGAAGUCAUCUUUGCGAGCUCAGUUGCUAGCAUCCCGCACCGGAACCCAAAAGUGA